AUGUCGGACGAGCAGCGUGAAGCCGUCAAAGGCAAGGCUGGCCUAAUUCUUUAUCAUGCACUCGGACACCUGCAGGCUCAUGAAGAUCCGGAUCGGCAGCAGAUGUCGAGAGAUGCCAGGCAAGUGCGCACCCUGGCACGCGAUGUGCUUCAGAUUGUGAGCGACUGUGGGGAAGAAGCAGAAGCCGGACAGACGGCUGCUUCGUGCUUCGACAGGAUCUGCUAUGCUGCGCAGAUGAUGCAGAAUUUGGGUACCGAAGAUUUUCGCGCUCACUGCCUACACUUGGCCAGCCUGUGUCUGCAGGCCACUAGGCGAGUGGAAGAGAUGCUAGUGGCAGAUGGCGUUCCCACCGCAAUCGUUUCGGAGGAGCUCGGUGGAGACUCCCCUGCCCCCUCAACCCCGCCCCCUGCCCCCUUCUACAUCCCUGAGUCGGGGACUGAAGCUGAGUCUGGGGCGAUUACAGCGCCAACCGGCACUGGGGACCCACGGGAUGCCUUCGUUCAUAGUGCCGCCGAUCCAGAACCGCAUGAGCUAGUUGUCGAAGAUUUGCCAGUGCUUCUGCCAGGAAUGCGAGAAGGUCAACUGGUUGCACACAGGCAAGCUCUGGAGAGUCAGUUGCAACAGAUGAGGGCGGAGGGGGCGGGCCUUCCCCUCGCAGAAACACUGCAUAAACUGGGCUCUGCACUUCUCGAAGAAGGGGAAGCUCAACAUGCCAGACAGGCCAUGGACGACUUACACCAGAGCUUGCAAAUUCAGCGAUGCCUGCACGAAAGCGCGGCUCAUCUCAGUAUCGCUCACACGCUGUAUCACCUGGGUCGCGCAAGCAGCAUUCUCGAAAAUCGAGAACACGCCGCACAGUGCUUUCUCGAGUCAUUUGAGAUGAGACAGCGCCUGGACCUCGAUGGCGACGGCGAAACUCUUGCGACUCUGUACCGUCUCAGCAACGAGCUUGUUUUGUCCGCGGAAUUCCGGCAAGCCCGGGUCUUUAUAAAGACGGCUCUGAAUUUGGCAGACAGCCUAUGGCCUGGCUACUUGGAUCUCUGUGCAGUUUCAGCCUCUUGCGGAGAUGCCCAGGAGCUAAUUGAAGCAGGCGAUGGUUGGGCGGACAACUUUCGGGAGGUUCUCCGCGGACGCGACCUGGAGUGCUGCCGCGUUCUCACGGCCAGGGACAAGCCCUUGACAGUUCUACCAUCAGCAGAUUCCGCCGACUUGAUUGAUGCACCUCUCCCGGAAGAUUUUCCAUUGCGAGUGUGGCUCAAGGCUCCCGGGAAGGAAGACCGCCGGACCUUGACAUCCCUUCUCCAUCUUCUUGCGGAGAUACAUGAACGACAUUUUCAUCGCCCGCAAGCCGCCGUGAACUAUUUGCGAAGGUCCCUACGCGUGGUAGGCUGUCUUGCAGAAGACCAAGACACGAAGUCCACAGCAGACGCAUUGCAUGAGCUGGGAAAGAUGCGCCUGGUCACCAAGGACUUCGAGGAGGCAGUCCGCUACCUGGAGGAAGCAUUACGCAUGAAGAGAUCUCUGUACGACGACCAAGACACUGCCAGCGUGGCAACGACUUUGAACCUCCUGGGUCAGGCCACAGUCCACAAGCAGGCAGACGCAUUGCAUGAGCUGGGAAAGACGCUCCUUGUCACCAACAACUUCGAGGAGGCAGUCCCCUACCUGGAGGAAGCAUUACGCAUGAAGAGAUCUGUGUACGAAUUGCACGACGACCAAGACCUUUCCAGCAUAGCAAAGACUUUGGACCUCCUGGUUCACGCCAAAUUCCACAGCAUGGAUCGCGCCACAUACUUCAUACUGUCGUUGAUGCUAUCCUGGAUGGGAAU